AUGUCCACUCCUCUGGACGGGCCUAAUCCCCUCCGCCCCUAUUAUUUCCCCCCCUCCCUGGGGCUGGACACCGGUCAUGUUGCCUCACCUCCAGAUGCGUCAUCGUCGGCCACCCAAGUCUUUGGUGGUUCGGCACGAGAUCUGCUGCCCGACAUCGACUACUCAGACUAUCUUGACAGCUCUCCCUCGGUCUCCAGUUGGAUUCACGAAGCUCUUGACCAAGCCCUCCGGCGCUAUACCGGUGUCUUGACCUCACAGCCUUUUGAUGUCGCCAAAACUAUCCUGCAGGCCUACGUCGCACCCGAUGAUGCGACAGAUGGCCAAUGGGCCUUGCACGAUCGCCACACAUCGGGCUCUGGCAGCCAUCUCGACUCUUAUGAUGAAGAUGACUCAUUGUCGUCGGAUGACGAAAGCAGUUACUUCACUUCAGCAGCACCUGCAGCGCCCUCUCCCUCAUCACCCCGAUCUCGCAAGUCUCACCGUCGCCAUAUCACCGACCGGAGCGGUUACAUUCCCUCGACGACCCCAUCGAGACACGCCCUCAAUAUUAAGAACCCGAGCUCGCUGAUGGACGUCCUCUCUCAACUCUGGUCCACCAGUGGGCCGACUUCGCCCUGGAAGGCGACCAAUGCCACUUUCAUCUACUCCCUUCUACUGCCCACCCUGAAUACAUUCAUUCGCAGCUUGCUCUCCGCUAUCGUCGGCUUGACGGAAGAGGAUGUGACCUCAUCGAUGACAGCCGACAUUCUAACGUCGACUUCUCCCGUGACGACCCUGCUCCUGUCCUUCAUUUCCUCCUCCCUGUCGGCAAUGCUUCUUUCCCCCAUCGAUACCGCACGCACCUUCUUGAUCUUGACCCCAGCCACGCACGGCCCACGCUCCCUGUUACGAGCUAUCCGCCAGAUUCCGACUCCCAAUUGCACCAUUCCGUCCCACCUAGUGCCCAUCACCAUCCUCCACUCCAGUCUGCCCAACUUCAUCACUAAUAUGACCCCGUUAAUCCUCAAGUCCUAUCUGUCACUCGAUCCAGUGCUCAAUCCAUCCAUCUGGAGUCUUUGCACCUUCCUUAGCUCUGGUCUGGAACUGGCGGUCCGUUUCCCGCUUGAGACUGUGCUGCGCCGCGCUCAGAUUGCAACCUUCACCUCCCCCAGCAUUCGCCAGCAAUCACGUAGACCAGGACAUGCUGAUUCUUCCGCAAACGAGGACCAGACCCCGCAGGUUGAGACCAUUGUGCCGACUCCCCAGACCUACCGGGGUAUUGUGGGCACCAUGUGGGGAAUUGUUUACGAGGAGGGCUCACAAGCCACACCGGAGGCUGAUCGGGCGCGCCAGCUCCUCAAGAAGCCUGUCACCCUCCGAAAACGUCAGGGCCAGGGAAUUCAAGGGCUUUACCGAGGCUGGCGCAUCGGUAUGUGGGGUAUAGCCGGUAUCUGGGGCGCCAACUUACUGGGCACAGUUGGUGUGGCCGGCGACGAUGAUGCCAGGAUUAGCGGAGGCCGAUUCUAG